CCUAUGCUUCUCGAUAUAUAAAGGUCAGUCCAAGCAGCCUACCUAAAACUGGUCCCUCGAUGAGCCUCUCUUCUUCUUUCACUUUCUCUACCUUAAUCUUCCUCGUCUUAAUAAUCGCACGGGCUUAUAAUUUCACCCUUAGACGUCUUUCCCUCCCUCCAGGACCCCGAGGGAGCUUAUUUCUUGGUGUCAAGAAUCGCCUCACUACCUCUGCGCCGUGGAAGCAGUAUGCUCAAUGGGCAGUGCAUUACGGAAGCUCGGUGAUAUCCUUCCGUGUAUACAAUCGUCGCGUCAUCGUGCUCAAUGACAGCAAAUCGGUACAUGACCUUCUUGACAAGCGUGCCAACAUCUACUCAGAUCGGCCAAAAGCAUGGAUGUAUCAUGAGAUAUGCGCUCGCGGAAAAUCUGUUUUCAAUAUAUCGUCCUUGGAUAAUCGCCACAAACAGUAUCGACGACUACUUCAGGAAGGCAUCGGCGCGAAAGCGACACAGCAAUAUUCGUCACUCUUGGAUGCUAUGGCAGACACGAUGGUGGAGAGUUUCAUCAAAAGCCCUGAAGAAUAUGUACAUCAUUUGCGGAGAAAUUCUGCUGCAGUAAUUAUGAAAGUGGCAUACGGAUAUACCGUUACCGAAAAUGACGAUUUUAUUGGCGUUGCCGAGGAGUCGGCCAGGAUUUCUGCACAGGCGUUGACCCCUGGCAGGUGGCUUGUCGAUUACUAUCCCAUUGUUCGCUUUCUCCCAUCUUGGUUACCAUUCACUGGUUUCAAACGUCAAGGUGCGGAGUGGAAAAAGCGUCUGGACUCUCUAUCCGGAGUUCCGCACGAAUGGGUCAAAAAACAAAUGGCCUUGGGCGGAUACACCGAGUCUUUCACCUCCCGUCUUCUCAAUACAAAAAGCGGAAGUGAUCCUGAAGAGGAGGAUAUUAUCAAAUGGUGCGCCGGGGGGUUAUACGCGGGAGCUGCGGAUACCACCGUUUCAGCUAUGAUAUCAUUCCUCAUGCUCAUGGCUCGCUAUUCCGAAGUGCAAGAGCGAGCUCAAGCUGAGAUAGAUGAUGUAAUUGGACGAGACAAUUCUCCUCGUACAACAGAUCUCUCCAAGCUGGUAUAUUUACCUGCGGUUCUCAAAGAGAUUCUUCGAUUUGCCCCUGUAGCUAACCUUGCACUCCCCCAUAAAUUAAUUUGCGAAGACGAAUAUCGUGGCUUUCGGAUACCAAAGAACGCGACAAUAAUAGCCAAUGUUUGGGCAAUCAUGCAUGAUCCUGAGCUAUAUCCUCGGCCGUUCGAAUUCGACCCAAACAGAUACACAGCGCCAAACCAAAGUUCUUUCCCUAUAAAUCCAGACCCUCGCCUGUUCGCAUUCGGCUAUGGACGGCGUACGUGUCCAGGUAUUCAAUUCGCCGAAGUGUCCAUGCUGCUUUCCAUGUCCAAUAUACUCUCCAAAUUUACCAUCAGUUGUCCAAUCAAGCCCCUUCCAGACAUUGAAUUCUCUUCGGGAAUCACUAGUCAUGUAAAGCCAUUCGAGAUCUGCAUCACACGUCGCACGUGAAUGUAGAGAGAGGGAUUGACGACUUCCAUCAUACAAUUUCCGGCUAAGCUUUAGGCUGCGAGAACCGCACUCACUCGGCGCAAACAAUGCCCGAUAUAAUCUAUAAAAGUUCGAUGAAUAGAAACUGGUUAUAAUCAAGGUAGGUAUAAUAUGUAGCUUAGUACAUAAUGGAAUAACUAGCCACGGAAUGUUCGUAAAGACCGCCUAUCUUGCCACAGUUCCUACCAGAACGUGGUGAAAAUUAAGUACAUGCUAGCAACUGUGAAACUCUACCGU